AUGGCAACAGCUGCCGACCAGAUCCCUGACGAUGAUGACGAAGACAGAUCCGGGCCUCCUCCUGUUUCUCUUUCUGCAUCUGUCGUUCUUGCCGCACUCCCUGCUGAUUCCUCACAACUUUUGUCGCGCACCGCUGCAACUGCUGCUUCCAUAGCUGCUGCAACAAAAGUAACACUCCGCUUAAGACCAAUAGGUUCCGCUGCCCCGCUUAAACAAUCUGUUUAUCGUAUUCCAGGUGCACAAACGUUUGCUUCUCUUGUCAAAUUCUUAAGAAAACAACUCAAGUGUCCACCUUCUCAAUCAAUUUUUUGUUAUAUCAAUAACUCUUUUGCUCCUGCACUGGACGAGCCUCUAAUUAACCUAUAUCAUAACUUUGCAGUCGACGAACAUCUUAUCAUUUCUUAUUGUUACACUGUAGCUUUUGGCUAA